AUGGCGGGGCUGCAGCGAUCGAGCGAGACGUUCCGGCGGUCGGGUUCGUCGGGGAUGGUGUGGGAGGACAAGAACAUGUCGGCGUCGGGCAAGGAGACCAUGGCUCCCGCCGCGCGGACGCAGCGGAGCGGCUCCGGCGGGCACGGCGGCGGGUACAAGGCCGGCAACGUCCAGCCCGCGCUCGACCCGCCCUCCCCGCGCGUCGCCGCCUGCGGCUUCUGCGGCAUCUUCAGCAAGGACAGCAAGGAGGCGCCCCAGCCCCGGCACCGCGCCGGCGGCAAGGGGAAGCGCCGGUGA